GUCAUCUUUUUUCCAAUGCCGGUUCCCAGCAGGCGUAUAAAUAUUGGGCGUUCGCAGAGCUGGGAUGCUCCCGGGUGGUACGAGGGCCCCUGGGAGAUCGCUGAGGCUCCAGGGAGGAGCAGCUCUCUGACCGACGGAGGCGGAGAGGGACUGUGGUAUGAGCAGUCUAACCCCAGGCUGCAGGUGGCCGCCAUGCCCGGGGCCGCCGAGCCCUACCUCCACUGGGAGGCCUUGUGCCACUCCGGCGCCGGAAGGAAGAGUUCUGUUCCUGACUUCACCUUUUACGACAGCAGACAGGCAGUCAUGUCUGCUCGCGGUGGCCUGCUGCCUCGGGAUUACUACGGCGACCCAUCCGGAGCCGCUCGGGCGCCCAAAGAGCCUCGCCACCAUCGGGACCCGGGAGUCGGCCACCUGCUACCCAGUUAUGGAGUGCUUGGCAGCAGAAUGACGUGGGAUCAAGUGCAAGGCCGGGUCCCUGCCCUGCAGGACACUGGUCACCUGUACCCGGAUCCUGGAGGUAAAAUGAUCCCUCAGGGGCAGCGGACGCAGAGCAGGGCCCUGUCGCCCACGCGGUAUGCAGGGGAGCUGGCCGACAGCAGGUGCGGAGUGGAGGCGCCUGCCUACCCCUCCAGCCAGGUCUACAAUGAUGUCGGCGAGAGGCCCGCAGACUCCACCGCGGCUAGACAGGCAGCCCCCACGUGCCUAGUCGUGGACUCCAGCGCAGCUGCCGCCUCGGAGGGCAGCCCCGGGGCAGCCCCAGGCCCCCUGAACCGGGGCUACGGACCUGCCCAGGAAAGCGUCCACUCCAAGGUGGCUUAUGAGAAUUGUGAGAGUGACCUGUCCACCUUCCAGGGGCCCGCGGGCAAGAGGAGCGUGAUGCCCGAGUUCCUGGCCCUCCUGCGGGCUGAGGGUGUGGCGGAGGCCACGCUGGUGGCCCUGCUGCAGCAGGGCUUCGACUCCCCGGCCGUCUUGGCCACGAUGGAGGACGCGGACAUCAAGUGUGUUGCACCCAACCUGGGCCAGGCCCGCGUCCUAAGCCGCCUGGCCGGCAGCUGCAGGACUGAGAUGCAGCUGCGGAGGCAGGGCCGGGCAGGCCCGCUGCCCCGGACACGCUCCAGCAGCUUCAGCCACCGCAGCGAGCUCCACGGUGACUUGUCUUCUCUGGGUGCCUCGGCCCUGCAGCCCCAGCCUGGGGGUCCCCUGCAGGCGGCAUCCGCCCGAGCUGGAGACCCGGCUCGCCGCCCCUCCAGUGCACCAUCCCAGCACCUCCUAGAAACGGCAGCUACCUACUCUGCCCCCGGGGUGGGCACCCAAGCCCCCCACUUCCCUUCCAACUCUGGGUAUAGCUCUCCUGCCCCUUGCACCUUGACAGCGCGGCUGGGCCCCCCAUACGCCCCACAGGCCGGGGUGGCCUUGACCAACCCAGGCCCCAUGACCCCCCUUCAUCCAGGCCCCAGAACAGCCUACUCCACGGCCUACACGGUGCCCAUGGAACUGCGGAAGUGGCAGCGCAGUGUGGGCGCGUCUCCCCUGCCCAGCCCCCACGGCAGCCCCCAGCUCUUGCGGAAGCCCGGUGUCCCCGUGGAGCCGUCUACCCUGCCACCAGCCAGCCAGAGCAUCCACACGCCUCACUCAUCCUACCAGAAGGUGGCCCGGCGGACAGGGGCCCCCAUCAUCGUGUCCACCAUGCUGGCUCCGGAAGCAAGUAUCCGCCCCCAGAUCAUGAACGGCCCCCUGCACCCCCGCCCCCUGGUGGCGCUGCUCGACGGCAGAGACUGCACCGUGGAGAUGCCGAUUCUGAAGGACCUGGCCACUGUGGCCUUCUGUGAUGCACAGUCCACUCAGGAGAUCCACGAGAAGGUGUUAAACGAAGCUGUCGGCGCCAUGAUGUACCACACCAUCACCCUCACCAGGGAGGACCUGGAGAAGUUCAAGGCCCUGAGAGUGAUCGUGCGGAUAGGCAGCGGCUAUGACAACGUUGACAUCAAGGCUGCCGGCGAGCUUGGGAUCGCCGUGUGCAACAUCCCGUCUGCGGCAGUGGAAGAGACGGCCGAUUCCACCAUCUGCCACAUCCUCAACCUGUACCGCCGGAACACGUGGCUGUACCAGGCGCUGCGGGAAGGCACGCGAGUACAGAGCGUGGAGCAGAUCCGGGAGGUUGCCUCGGGAGCAGCCCGCAUCCGUGGGGAGACGCUGGGCCUCAUCGGCUUCGGUCGCACGGGGCAGGCGGUUGCCGUUCGAGCCAAGGCCUUUGGAUUCAGCGUCAUAUUUUAUGACCCCUACUUGCAGGAUGGGAUCGAGCGGUCCCUGGGCGUGCAGAGGGUCUACACCCUGCAGGACUUACUGUAUCAGAGCGACUGCGUCUCCUUGCACUGUAAUCUCAACGAGCAUAACCACCACCUCAUCAAUGACUUCACUAUCAAGCAGAUGAGGCAAGGAGCAUUCCUAGUGAAUGCGGCCCGUGGCGGACUGGUGGACGAGAAGGCCUUAGCCCAAGCCCUCAAGGAAGGCAGGAUACGAGGGGCAGCCCUCGAUGUGCACGAGUCGGAGCCUUUCAGCUUUGCUCAGGGCCCCUUGAAAGAUGCACCGAAUCUCAUUUGUACACCCCACACAGCCUGGUAUAGUGAGCAAGCUUCACUAGAGAUGAGGGAGGCAGCUGCCACCGAGAUCCGCCGGGCGAUCACAGGUCGCAUCCCAGAAAGCUUAAGAAACUGUGUGAACAAGGAAUUCUUUGUCACAACAGCUCCCUGGUCAGUAAUAGACCAGACAGCGAUGCAUCCAGAGCUCAAUGGUGCCACAUACAGAUACCCGCCUGGCAUCGUGGGCGUGGCUCCAGGAGGACUUCCUGCAGCCAUGGAAGGGAUCAUCCCCGGAGGCAUCCCGGUGACUCACAACCUCCCCACAGUGGCACACCCUUCCCAAGCUCCCUCUCCCAACCAGCCCACAAAACACGGGGACAAUCGAGAGCACCCCAACGAGCAAUAGCAAAGAAUGACGAAAGGUAAUCACUCAGAUAAACCUGGGACCAAGAGACAGUGAAAAAUAGAUGAACUAAAAGAAAAGGAAUUUGACAGUCUGUCUUUUUAACUGAUUCUGGACAUAUGCAUCAUUGACGUUGCAGUGUUAAAACUACAAAAGAGCUAGAAGCUGAGACGUGGGAAAACUGAAGAUGUCGUCUGCUUAUGGAAGCGCUGAAAGACUAGGACGUGAUUUAUUAACGACCAACUUCUGUUAUUGUGUGUUAAGUUUUUCAUCUGUGCAUCAAAUCACAAAGAAUAAAUAGAUCUUUUUCCUUUAUCAGUCCCUUGGGCACAGCAGGUCCUGAACACCUUGCUCUAGAAUGUUGCAUCAGGAGUUCCAAACAUCAAAAUAAAAAAUUUUAAGAGGAAAUCCCCAUCCUAUGACUCUAGUCCCUUCAGUCCAUGGGGGCUGGUUACCUCUUUUUCUAAUAGGAAGAUUCAGUUACUACAAAAUGGGGAGAAAACUGUUUGCCUGCGUUAGACAUCAGCACGCAUAGGAUUGAAGACCGUACAGGCUCCUGUACAGAAGUCUCUCUCCCAUCUGAACUGCAUACUGAGCGGGCAAGUUGGUUGUGAGUUCAGUAAUACCCUCUGAUGAUGCAAAAAAAAAAAAAAAAAAAAGUAUUAAGUUUCACAAGCUGUUUGUACUCAAAUAUAUUUUCUCAGUUUCAGAUCCUCAGCUAUUUUAUUGAGUGGAAAGUCUUGAACUAAAGGGUUCAAGAAUAAUGUUGCAUUUCCUUAUGUCUCAGGAAACACUUUUUAUGGUAACUUGUCAGAUUGUCUAUGAACAAACCCACUUUUUUAGACAUUGAUAAAAGUCUUCUUUUCUUCACGUGAUAUUUUAUACAAGAACACUUCAGGUGUGUUAUUAGAUGUGACUGAUUUUAACAAAUCCUAUUAGAUUUGUAUCAACUAGUUACAUGUUAUAUUCAUAGUCUUUUGUGAAUCAUCGCCUUUUUGUUUAAAAGAUGGCCUAUUUUGAGCCUUUGUAUAGGUACAUUCCUGUUUUUGUGACAAAAAAACAACCUUUAAAACUGUCCCAAACAGAAAAAUAAUGGCUAUCAGAAAUAUGUUUUGUUUUAGUGUGAGUUACCGUUACUGUAUUUGUUUAUUGUAAAGGUGGACAUUUAGCGUUCAGUGCAGUUUUCAAUAAAAAGUAAUAAAAAUUUCUGUUAAGUUCUGAAAUUCAA